UACAUGACAGCAUCACUACAGAAGAGAGCUGAGCUGUCCAUGGUACUGAAACCAGGAAACAGACAGAGAGAGGGAGAGAGAGAGAGAAAGAGACAGAGAACGAGAGAGAGAGAGAGAGAGAGAGAGAGAGAGAGAGAAGGAGGAGGAGGAGGGGGAAGCUCUGCCGCUGUGAGGUGGGUAGGCGUGUUCUUUGUGUUGUGAAGGCUGGGUUAAUGUGCCGUGGCGUCCACACGCAUCUGAGCUCCCCAUCCGAGAGAGCGUGUGUGCAAGACCGGGAGAGGCAUGCCCAUCCAAGCCUCUGAGUCGCAAGCGCCAGCCUGGGUACGCAUACACUUCACCUGAGUGAGGGCAGCGCAGUGGGACCGGCCGGACUCUUUUGGACCGCCUCUGUGGAGCCAUACAAGCGUGUUUCUGGACUAUUGUCUGGUUCUUGUAGGACAGUGAAUGCAGGAUAUGUGCUUGGGUGCGAGUGUGUGUAUAUGAGUGUGUGCGUAUGAGUGUGUGUGUGUGUGUGUGUGUGUGUGUGUGUGUGUAUGUGUAUGUGUGUGUGUGUGUGCGCGUGUGUGUCUGAGUGAGUGAGCUCAUGGAGAGGAUGCUCACUGCAGGUUGCUUCUGUGCUUGUGGAUUUGCAUAGCAUGGACAAAUGAGGAGGGAAGUGCAGUGUGAGCUGGAGUUUUGCACUGAAUGGACAUAGGACUCAGGGCUCACAAGCUAUCCAAAGGAGGGAGCCCCUAGUUAGGCCACCAACUGGGGAGCCUCACCUCAUCUCCCCUUCCAGGCCUAAACCUGAGUUCUGUGUACAAUUCAAUUGACUUUUUAUCAUGGCCAACAUCCUCUGCGUGGAACAAGCGUGGAAUCCUCAGGAACCCAAUCAGGAGUUCUCCGAGUUCUCAAGGUUGCACUUGAUUUGCCUGAGAAGAGGUUCCAUGCCCAAGUCGACAGGAACUCAGCCCCUCUAAAGCUCUGGUGGAUUGCCUGUGAAGGAUGAUGAGUUCAAAAGAGGAGGAGACUCUUCGGUUUUUCCAGUAUGUUGAAGACAGUGGACUAAGAGCUUACAGUGGAUUGAUCACGCACAACCACGAUUUUGUCAGGAAUGAGAAAAACAGGACUAUUAGUCAGGAGAAAAACGACAAGAAAAGAAAACAGGAAGAAGCCAUUAAGAGUGUUGGAGAGGACGUUGUGACGGAGGGGAAGCACCUGCGCAUUGGCUCCAUGACAAUGCCGGCGCCUCCGGAGCGCGUGGCACACCCCUCGUGCGGCCCCGGCUUCGCCGUGCGCUCCCAGUCGCUGCACUCGGUAGGGGGCGGAGGGGAGGAGGACGGCAGCCCCACCUCACGCAAGCAGCCGCCACCCAAACCCCGCCGGGACCCCAACACCAAGCUCAGCAUCUCCUCCGAGACGGUGGACCUGGCCUCCUCCACCUGCAGGAGUGGAGACCCGGACAGGUGUGAUGCUUCUCAGGGCUGCAGUGAGGACUGCAGAAGGGUCCCCCCACCAAAGCCCAAGAGGAACCCCAACACACAGCUGAGCACCUCUUUUGACGAGUCCUAUAUCAGGUCGCACAGUUCCAAGGGCUCGCCUCCGGCCUCUCGGGAGUCCCUGGCGCCCUCGCCCCCGGAGCCGCAGAGCCCCCCUGGCCGGGACUCGGACUCAGACGAGCCGGUGUACAUCGAGAUGACGGGCAGUGCGGUGGCGGCGGCGGCAGCGGCCCGUGAGGCCCGCGAGGCCCGGGAGGCUCGGGAGGCCCAGCGCAGCGAGGACGACGAACCCGGCGAGGCCGUGUACGAGGAGAUGAAGUACCCGGCGCUGGACGAGCUGGACACAGGGCGCUGGGAGCCCUCGGGCUACCGCUCGCAGUGCGCGACGCCGUGCCUGUCCGAGCUGGGCGAACAGACGCCGCUGUCCAGCCGCUGUAGCACGCCGCGCGGCACGCCGCUCUGCGACAUCCCCGCGCCCUUCCCAAACCUGCUUACCCACCGGCCGCCGCUGCUGGUCUUCCCGCCGGCGCCCGCCCAGUGCUCGCCCAACUCGGACGAGUCGCCGCUCACGCCCCUGGACAUGGCCAAGCUGCCCAUGCUGGAAAACGCCUCCUAUAGCAAGUCGCCCACGUCCUCCUCCGGCCUGGAGCAUCCCGGCUCCUCGUCGGCGGCCUCCUCCUCCUCUUCCUCGCACCACCACCACCGCCGCGAGCGAGAGCGCGAGCUCACUGCCACCCCCACCAUCACCAUCUCCGGACGCUCCUCGGCGCCCCCCCUGCCCUGCACCCUCUACAAAUCCUCAGCGUCCAGCCAUGGCUACCAGCGCAGCCACUCGGCCUGCCCGUCCCCGGUUAGCAUGGGCCGCUGCCUGACCCCGCUCAGCCUCAUGCGGGCACCCCCCUUCGACGGGCCCUUUCCCGGUGCGGGGCUUCCACGCAGCGCCUCGGCCACGCCGCACGGGAAGGGCUCGCCGCCGCAGGAGGGCAACGGGCGGCUGCAUGGCUCCAUGCAGAACGUGUCGGUGGGGCGCUCACGCACCCCCACCAGCCCCCUGGACGAACUCACCAACCUGUUCACCACAGGCAGGAACAUGCUGAAGAAGAACACCAGCGGCAGAAAGUCCAAAGAGCCGGGAGAGAGCGAGUCCAAAGGAAGAUGCCACAGUUCCGAGACCAAAAAGGAAGGAAAAGAUCGACACCACAAAGAAUCAAAGCGAGACAUUAAGGAGCGGCACAGCAGCUCCAAAGAGUCGAGACGCGACAGCAAGGAUCGGAGCUGCAACGGCAUAGAACCUAUGCCGCGUCGUGACAGCAAAGACAAGACAGGUAACGUGUCAGAGGCACUCCAUAGACAGGAUAGCAAGGACAGAACCUGCAACAACGUGGACCUUUUCCAGCGCCGUGACAGCAAAGACCGCGGAAAUACCAUGAAUGAGCUUUUGCCGCGACGUGACAGCAAAGACAGGGGUUGUAAUGGAAUCGACUGCUUGCCAAGACAGGACAGUAAAGAAAUGGUUAGGAAUGGAGCCGAGGCGAGGCGCGACGGCAAAGACAGAGGCGGUCAUGUCGCAGAGGGCAUGUCAAGGCAUGAGAGCAAAGAGUCGGUCAGAAAUGGACUGGAAGUGAGGCGAAAUAGUAAAGAAGGGGGCCGGAAGGAUUCGGAGAGCAGACGGGAGUGGGAUUGCAAGGAGAGGAGCUCCACGGACACAAAAAGGGAAGGCAAAGACCGUGGUUGCAACUCUGCAGAUUUCCAUUCGAGGCGUGCCUGCAAAGACAAGGUUGCGCACGUCCCGGAGCCGUUGCCCAGGAACGAGGGUAAAGACAGGGGCAACCAUAGCGCAGAGACCACUAAAACUAAUGAAUGGGAAGGAUUGUCUGGGCCACAGGCCAUCGGAACACCAAGUCGGCUUGGACGAUCCUGUGUUAGUCCCACCAUGAUGUUGGGAAACACCAGUUCAGAGCUAAAGACAGCGCAGAAGAUGGGUCGCUCGCCCUCUACGCCAGUGGCACCGUCUCCACUAGGGACGCCCCAGCGACAACCUCAAGAGCCUCCACAGAGCCAGAUGCCACCCAUGCCGUGGCUAUAUGGUGACAGCACAAUGAUGGAGAUGAUCGAGCGCAAGCAGCGUCUCUGUCGGGAGAUCCGCUCACGGCAGCAGCAGCCCCCACCGCCCCAGCGGCCGCCUCUCCGGAGUCCAUGCAAACAGGAGAGCUUGCCCGCACUCCCUGGCUGGAAGAAGAGCAAUGGGGCCAAAAAGUACGGGCCCCCUCCGUAUCCCAGCCAGACCACGGUCUUUUGGGACACUGCCAUCUGAACCUCUGGGCAACACCCCUACGGACUAUCUCUGCUAACAUGCCAUCUCUUUGUAAGGAGGAGGCUGGCAGCUGGCUGAAAAGGGGAUGCUUAUAUCAGAAUGAACAGCAGGUGGUUUUUCCAUAGCAAUAUUAUGAGGGUCAGGCUUUCCUAUCAUCAUUGUUUAUAUCUGAUAUUUUUAUAUUAUAAUGUGAUUUCUUGUAAUAUACGUAGCAUUAAUAGAUAUUUUCUAAAAAAAUAAAAUAAACACAAUAUGUCUAAAGAUUAUGUAGAUGUAGAACAAUGAAAUGUUUGUUUUAUACCUUUUUUGUCUCAGACAUUGCUAUACGCAACCUAACAGUACCUAGUUACAACGUUGUGUGCUCUCCAAGCCUCUUUUAAUUCAGACAUCUAAACAUUAAUUUACUAUGCUGAAAUGUUACAAACGUACCAUAUAUAAUGGAUAUUUAAAGUCUUUCCCUCAGUGGGAUUUCUGUGGUAACUGAAAUAGGCCUGGCUGUCUUUUGGUUACCUUUAAACAUGUAGGAUGCUGUAAGAAUGUGCAACCCCAAUAAGACAGUUACAUUUCCUUUUUAUAGAAACAUUUCAAUUAUAUACUUGGAUUGUUUGAGCUUGUCAUGUGAUGAGUUAUCAUAGGCCUAACACAGGCCUUAUAACACCUGUUUUGGUGGUUGAUACCUAGGCAAUUAACUAAAUUUAAUGGCAGAGUAUGGGGUGAGAAGAAAGGAAAGUAAGCAUUUAUGUAUGUCAAGAGAAAAGGAAUAGAUUACUUUUAAUGGAGAGGGGAAUAGAAGAUGAGAAACCAGCAUGUGAGAUUGGUGGCUUGUGAACUCAAGCCUGGAGUCAAGGCAGUUUCCUGGGGGGAGUCGGCACCCUUCCCACAGCCUGCACAGUGAAGACACCUGCCCCUCCAGUCAGAGUCCAAGCCCUGUAGCCCUCACACAAACUAAUAGCAGAACAAUCAAUGCUUGAGCUUUCUACACCUUAUUACUUUUACUAAGUACUAACUUAAUUUUAUGCACUUGCUUGUGAGGACGAA